AUGCACUCGCGUCGACCCGAGACCUUGAAGAUUGACAUCUCCAAGUAUAGGGGAGUCGAAGAGGACUCCCUCUUAAGAUGGUUCGUCGAAUUGGAUGACGCCAUAAGGGCGCGUCGCAUCGACGACGGGGAUAUGCAAGCUGCAUUUGCCCAGUCAAAUCUGGCAGGACGUGCCAAGACUUGGGCACUGGGGCUCAAGUUGCACGACCCAUAUGCGUUUGGGUCGUUGGAAGUCUUCAAGUCGCGGCUCAGACAAACGUUUGAACCGCCUAGAGCUGAGUUCAGAGCUCGAACCGAACUCUUGAAGCUCAAGCAGGGUAAGCGUGAUGUGCACGCUUACGGUCAACAUAUACGACAUCUCACGAGUUGUAUAAGUUCCAAUCCGGUGGAUGAACACACGUUGGUUUCGGUGUUCAUGCAGGGUCUUGCGGAUGGCCCCGUCAAGACUCACCUGUUCCGGCUUGAACUAGAUUCACUAGAACAAGCCAUUUCCAUUGCGGAGCAGGAAGACUUCAGUCUGAGACAGGCUCGCGCCAGCUCGACAUCAUAUCGUCAACCGAGACGAUAUGACAACGGAGGUCCAGAGCCGAUGGAACUCUGGUAUGAAGAGAGCGAGAAGGCUCGCUCUACAGACUACAAGAAGUUGCAGAAAUGCAAUAGAUGUCAAAAGACAGGACACUACGCUUACGAGUGUAGUGCCCCUCGUCCAGUGUCUCGCGACACUGGGCGUAGUGACUGUCCACCCAUGAGAAAGGGGCAGAGACGAGGGUCCGCUGUUGGUGCAAAGACGCAACAACGGGAUGGACCAUCAAAAAACGGACAGGAUCAGUAG